GAGUAGCGGGGGGAGGAGAGGGCAUCUCGGUAUAAAUGUACCGGAGCGCGCAAAUUGUUUCGCAAAAAACUUGAGGCGGGCCCACAGGUGGAACCGCGCGCGUCACCGUGCACAGCCCCGGCACGUGAACUUCGACAGCUGUGCAGCGGAGCGCCGCUCAGCCACGGGCCCUGCCAGACCGACACGUGAACAGACAAGGACACACACGCACACACAACGUAGUUGGAGUGGUACACUUAUUUUCACACUGCUCCGAAAACUUGACGACGCUUUGGACCAAGACUUGGCCGUGGAAAGAAAUACAAAGACGCAAGGAUGCUUCGAGGAGGGAUCUGCGUUAUUCUCUCUAUGAUGCUGUUGGGUGCCUGGGCAGGGGAGUCGAACCCAGUGGAGGUGGAGCACCCCCGCAUCUCUGCGCUCCAUGCACAGCCGUGCCCCGCACACUACCGCGACUACUGCCUCAACGGGGGAUCUUGCCACUACCUCCACCAGACAGAUAAACCACACUGCAGAUGCUCGGCUGAGUUUGCGGGUCACCGCUGCGAGCUCUUCGCCCUGGAGAGGAGGAAGAGGUCGAGCUCAGAGGGGGCAGCGGCGGCAGCGGCCGCGUCGCUCUUCAUGGGCGGCAUCGCGUUAGUCGUCCUGUUCGUGGCCUACCACUGGUGCAAGAGGAAGAGGAGGAUCGAGGCUGAGACGAGGGAAGUGUUCCUCUGAAGCGCCUGGCGAAUACGAGUCACCGUCGUCAUAGUCGUCAUAGUCGUCGUCGUCACCAUCGUCGUCAUAGUCGUCGUCACCAUGGUCGUCAUAG